AUGCAGGGGCAGAACUAUGUAUAUUAACCAUUCACUCAGGGAGCUGGAGCAGGGCAGGUCUGCACGCUGCGGCGCCGGGCCCGGGUGCGGGAGGAUCCGCUAGGCUUGGCUCGCGGGCGGCAGGGUGUGAGGCUCCGGGGUCAGCUCUGCCCCGGGCUCCGCGCCCGGGCGCAACUUUGGGCCAAUCAGCGCGUGGCGUCCCAGAGCCCGCAGCACCCUGGCCCGCGCCCCCUGCGCCCCCGCGGCAGCACCGGCCCCGGCGGCUUCGGGCCGAGCCUGACCCGGGACGAGGAGGGGCCGAGCCGCGGGGGAUCCUGGAAUUGGCCGGGAGGUGGGGAUUCUGGGAGGAAAACUCCAUUUCCUCCUUCCCCGCCGGCCUCUCCCCUCCAGCCGGCACCCCAAAUCUCGAUGUGUCGCCUCCCGGGCACCGAGCGCCGGUGCUGAGCGAGGCGGCAGCCGCCGUGGCCGGGAACAUGCUGGGCAUGUACGUGCCGGACAGGUUCUCCCUGAAGUCCUCCCGGGUUCAGGACGGGAUGGGGCUCUACACGGCCCGCAGAGUGAGAAAGAAACAGCAAAGAAGCACCCUUGUAGCCUGGGCAUUGGGCUGGUCUGAGAGGGUGAAAAGUUUGGACCGUUUGCUGGAGAGAAGAGAAUGCCAGAGGACUUGGAUGAAAAUAUGGAUUACAGGUUGAUGUGGGAGGUUCGUGGGAGUAAGGGAGAAGUUCUAUACAUUUUGGAUGCUACCAACCCACGACACUCCAACUGGCUUCGCUUUGUUCAUGAGGCACCAUCUCAGGAGCAGAAGAACUUGGCUGCCAUUCAAGAAGGAGAAAACAUUUUUUAUUUGGCAAUUGAAGAUAUAGAAACAGAUACAGAGCUUCUGAUUGGCUACCUGGACAGUGACAUGGAGGCUGAUGAGGAAGAACAGCAAAUUAUGACAAUGAUCAAAGAAGGGGAAGUUAAAAAUUCUAAAGGAAAAUCAGCAGCUGGCAGAAAAGGAUUACCUCUAAAUGAUUGCUUUGGCUGUAAAGAGGACUAUGCUUGUCCCCACUGUGAAUCGAGUUUUGCCAGUGAGGAAAUUCUUGCUGAGCAUCUUCAGACAUUGCACCAGAAACCCACAGAGGAGAAAGAAUUUAAAUGCAAGAACUGCGGGAAGAAAUUCCCAGUUAAGCAGGCUUUGCAAAGACAUGUUCUUCAGUGCACAACGAAAAGCAGUCCCAAGGAUUCUUCACGAAGUUUUCAGUGCUCUGUUUGCAAUUCUUCCUUCAGUUCAGCAUCGAGUUUUGAGCAGCACCAGGAGACUUGCCGGGGAGAUGCCAGGUUUGUGUGUAGGGCUGAUAGCUGUGGCAAGAGGCUGAAGAGCAAGGAUGCCCUGAGAAGACACCAGGAAAAUGUCCAUGCUGGAGAUCCUAAGAAAAAGCUCAUAUGUUCAGUGUGCAAUAAGAAGUGUUCUUCAGCUUCAAGCCUGCAGGAACACAGAAAGGUUCAUGAGAUAUUUGAUUGCCAAGAAUGUAUGAAGAAAUUUAUUUCAGCUAAUCAGCUAAAACGUCAUAUGAUCACCCACUCAGAAAAACGGCCCUAUAAUUGUGAGAUUUGUAAUAAGUCUUUCAAGAGGCUUGAUCAAGUGGGUGCCCACAAAGUGAUACACAGUGAAGAUAAACCAUACAAAUGCAAGCUUUGUGGAAAGGGAUUUGCCCACAGAAAUGUUUACAAGAAUCACAAGAAGACCCACUCUGAAGAGAGACCAUUCCAAUGUGAGGAAUGUAAAGCUUUGUUCCGGACCCCAUUUUCUUUGCAGAGACACCUGCUCAUACAUAACAGUGAGAGGACUUUCAAGUGUCAUCACUGCGAUGCUGCCUUUAAAAGGAAGGACACCUUAAAUGUUCAUGUCCAGGUGGUCCAUGAAAGACACAAGAAGUACAGAUGUGAGCUCUGUAACAAGGCAUUUGUUACACCUUCAGUGCUUAGAAGUCAUAAGAAAACACAUACAGGAGAAAAGGAGAAAAUCUGCCCUUACUGUGGCCAGAAAUUUGCCAGUAGUGGUACCCUGAGAGUUCAUGUCCGUAGUCACACAGGUGAGCGCCCCUAUCAAUGCCCUUACUGUGAGAAAGGAUUCAGUAAAAAUGACGGACUGAAGAUGCACAUUCGUACUCACACCAGGGAGAAGCCAUACAAGUGCUCUGAGUGCAGCAAGGCCUUCAGCCAGAAGCGAGGCCUGGAUGAGCACAGGAGGACACACACGGGAGAAAAGCCUUUUCAGUGUGAUGUUUGUGACUUGGCGUUUAGCCUGAAGAAAAUGCUGAUCCGACACAAGAUGACUCAUAAUCCCAAUCGUCCACUGGCAGAAUGCCAGCUUUGCCAUAAGAAGUUUACUAGAAAUGACUACCUCAAAGUGCACAUGGACAAUAUCCACGGCGAACCUGACAGCUAAUGGUAGCUGUAAAGGAACUGAACCACUCAGAAAGGCUCCUAAUAUGAAACCCAGAUUUCCCUCACCUGCUUAGCACAGCAGAGUAUACAAAGUAAUUCACUGGUCUCAUAGCUCUUAUUUGCCUACCUUCAGAGUCCAUAGUUGCAUAUGCAAAAACAAAAAAACAAAAAACCCUACUUUUACUAAGGAAUGGUACAAAUGGGAAAAAAAUAACUUUAUCGCCUCGCAAAAUGCUACUUGUGCUCUGUUUUAUAAAAUUGGAAAAAGGAUUCAUGGCUCUCCUUGGCCAUUUCUCUGUAAUGAAGGUUAACAUACUCCCUAUUAGGCCUUUUUAUUGUUAGCUUUGUGUGUGUGUGAGGGUGUGUGUGUCUGUGUGUGCACAUGUGCACAUGCUGAUUAUUGCACCCUGUCAUUACUAAUAUAGCCAGAAAGAAAUUAAGAUAUACAAGAUAUUAUACUGCAGGUAAGGAUAAGGACAAGAGUUUUCAAAGUCUCAAGUAUUAUAACUGGAUAAAACUUGCUAUUUGAUAAAGAGGUAUUUAAGAACUAAAAUGUCUAUUGAAAUAUUGCUCAUUUUAGACAGUUCUUAGGAGACAUUAUUUCCUCUCCUCAUUUAGAUGCAGACAUUCAUGGUCUGGAAUACUUUCAUAAGAUCUAUAUAAAAACAACCAUGACACUUAAAUAUUUACCAAGAUGAUCCUCCUGAGUUUAUACCAGUUACCCUUAGAAAUUAACAAUCUACAAAUGUAUAUAUCUAAAAAUUGAAGCAGAAUAGGUUUUCAAUAUUUGCUGACUAAUGGAAAGGCAGUACAGCAGUACCGUUAAAUAUUAGUUAUGAUAAACCUAGCUCUUUACCUUCUCAUUCCCUAAAAGCACACAGAACUUGUUCCUGCAGGUAUAAUAGAUUCCUCAGAGCAUUCAUAUUCUGUUUCGCAAAAGACAUUUGCCAGAGAGAGUCUUGGCAGUAGGUAAUUGUGAAACAGUUUUGAUUUACCCUCAGUCAUCCUAUAUAAUUAGGAAUCCAGAAUAAAAAAAUACAAAGCCUGGCAAUUGUUAUGUUUGAAAAUAUCACUGAUGCUUGAGGGAAAUUAAGGCAAGAAGCUUAAUUUCUUCCUCUAGGUUACAUUUCAAUGAUAUACUUAAGAGCAACAUAUAAUGAGCAGCUUGUUUGGGGAGACAAUAGGAUAAAAUGUAGUAGUAGUGUCAGAAUAGCCUGGAGGAAUUCAAAAACGAGAAGAUAAUUCAUGAAGCCCAAAUCUUGAACUUCUAUUUGCAGUCCACUCAAAAGAGAGCAAGUAUAAUUUUAAAGAAGUUAUUUGAUUGUAGUGAUUUAAGAAGAAAAGUUGUCAGAAGAUAUGGUUCCUUAUCGUCAGGAAUCUUAUUUUAGAAUUGUAUUUAUGCUCAGUUUCAGUUUUAAAAAGAAACAUAAAGAUUCAAUAUUGAUAUAUAAACUAUAAAAUACUAAAUUUGAAACUCAGAAGUGAUAACUUUAAAAAGUAUAAAUCCCAGAUUAUAAUUAAAAGAUAACAAGUAUGGUUAUAUAGAGUAUUUUGUAUCUGAAAUUAUAGACUAUGUUUUAUAAAAAUAGACUUUGGCCUUGUUUCUCAAUAUGUCAUUUGUUUCAACAGUAUAUUUUUAGAUCUGAAGUGUUUUCAAUUUAACAUGACAGUGUGCUUACUAUGAUUUGAAUAUAAAAGGACAGCUGUAAAAUGUGGUAGUGUGUGUUAUUCAAACAUGUCUGUUCAUUCCUCUGGGUGCUGCCUUCUCUGUAUGGGAUUCUUCAUAUCCCAAUUACGUGGUGAAUGUGAAAGUCGAAAAGAAGCCAAAUACCAAUUUUGCAUAAUUUCAGUGACACAAUUUUCAGGGCUGCUGGGGAGGUCUUCCUCACACCCAUGUUAUUGCCGUCCUGCUGAGGAAAUUGAUGAGGGAGAGGUGCUGGGUCUCUUCAAAGCACUGAACCCCAAACAGGUCCUUACACAACUAUUUGCAUGCUGUCACCUUUUACCCAAAGGUGAUCAUUUAUGAGUUUUUCAGAUGUAUUUGUAUUUGAGUACUGCAACUUUUAAGUCACUUAGCAGUAACAAAAAAGAUGAGAAUUUAUUUUUCCAUGUUUCGAUUGGGAAAUUAAGAAUAUAAACAGUCAUAGGUGAAAAGUCUUAUAGACAAGGUGGAGUACAGGUGCCCCUUCUGAAGAGUCUUUCUCUUCUUUCCUGCUAUAAAAGAUUAUGAUUCAAGUGCUUUCUUGGGAAAAGGCCAAGCUGUCAGGUGCCCAUGAAGUCAGGGCUAAGUAAUUUGAAGAGCUAUUCAGUAAUACAGGUAAGUUCAGAUACACUUUUGUAAUUACUAUCUUUGGAUAUUAACAUUCAAGAUACUCUUGCACUUUGAAUUCCUUCUGGUUUGACAAUCACUGGCUGAUACUAUUUUCCUUUCUUCCUCCUCUUUUGGUUGUUGACUACAUGGAAGAUUAUUCAUUAAUCAUGAUCAACAGUUCAUAAAAGUAUUACUAACUCGUGGUUGAUUUUGGGGCUACACACUAUAGUUAAAAUGCUACUUUUAAGAAACAUAGUUCUAUAUUGUAUAUAUGUGUGUCUGCAGAGGAUCACUUUUAUGUAAUGCUUAUAUGUACAGGUGUAUUACUUCGCUCAAAACUCUUCUGACCUGUUGCAGCCAGUUCAUCUUAUGAAUGUGAACAUGGGCCACAGGUCUUAUAGCCUUAGUUUGUGCAGUAGACUUUGUGUGCUGCUACCCUCCCAAAGCUGGAUGAGAGGCUGAGAGAGAGAAUAGGGACUAGAGAUACUCAUUUUUACCUUCACAAAUCUAAAUGUUACCUGUGAAAAAUCAUGCGGUUGUGAAUAUAUGGAGCUGGGUAGAUAGAAGGAAAAGUGCCUCUUUUUUAAAGUGUAGUUGAUACAGAAUAUUAUGUGGGUUUCAGGUAAACAACGUAGUGAUUUGACAGUUAAAAUGCUCACCACAAUAAGUGUAGUUACCAUCUGUCCCCAUAUAAAGAUACUGCACAAUUAUUGACUUUAUUUCCUAUUCUGUACUUUUCAUCUCCAUGAAUAAUGUAUUUCAUAAUUGGAACUUUGUACCUUUUUUAUCCCCUUCACCUCUGCCUCCUCAAAUCCCUAAGGUUUUAUCACAAAUAUUGAGGAUUAUUUGUGUGUAUAUCAAUGUAGCAUUUGUAAAUAAAAUGAAGCUUCAAUAGCA